AUUAGGAAACAGUUCCCCAAGCAUUGGAUUGGCUUCAUGGGACCCUGAAUUUGCUAUAAAUACCUUCUUCUCCUUUGUUGGACUCACAGUCCUAUCUAGUUUCUAGCUUCCGGGGCUGUGAUUCCUGCAUUUUCUAUAUCUCCUGCUUGGAAUCACAGUCCGAGGCUAGUUCUAGUGGGGCUGUGAUUUUUUUUUUUUUGGCUUAUAAUUUUUACGUAUAUUAGAUUUCAGCCCCUUCACUUCCUUCUCCAUAGAGAGUUGCUUCAAAUUUUUGCUUUUGUUUGUUGGAGAAGAUGACUGUGGGAGCCGGAAUUUCUGUGGCCGAUGCCAAUUUGAUGGUGUUGGGGAAGAAGGUCCUCUCUCAGGUUCCCCAAAACGUCGUCGUUACACCCUCCUCUUCAGUUCUAGAUGGUGCUUUCAUUGGAGUUGAUUCUGAUCGCAAGGGCAGCCGAAGAGUCUUUCCCAUUGGAAAACUACAGGGGUUGCGCUUUAUGUGUGUAUUUCGCUUCAAAAUGUGGUGGAUGACGCAGCGAAUGGGUACCUGUGGGCAAGAUAUUCCCUUUGAAACACAGUUCUUACUUGUGGAAGCGCACAAGAGUUCUGAUAUUGAUGGGAUCAGAAAUGGAGAAGAAGACACUUAUGCUGUUUUCUUGCCUCUUCUGGAAGGAGAUUUCAGAGCAGUUCUUCAAGGAAAUGAGCAAAACGAGAUAGAGAUCUGUGUGGAAAGUGGAUGUCCUGAUGUUGAGGGAUUUGAUGGGACUCAUCUGGUAUUCGUUGGAGCAGGAUCAGACCCUUUUGAAGUCAUUUCAAAUGCAGUCAAGACUGUUGAGAAACACUUGCAGACAUUCUCUCACCGUGAGAGGAAGAAGAUGCCAGACAUCUUGAACUGGUUUGGUUGGUGUACAUGGGAUGCUUUCUAUACCAAAGUCGAUUCAGAAGGAGUAAAGCAAGGAUUGCAAAGCUUAGCAAAAGGUGGGAUUCCCGCCAAGUUUGUUAUAAUUGAUGAUGGAUGGCAAUCUGUUGGCAUGGACUCUAAUGGUAUUGAAUGGAAAUCUGAUUUUGCGGCCAAUUUUGCAAAUCGCUUGACGCAUAUCAAAGAGAAUCACAAGUUUCAGAAAGAUGGUAAAGAGGGUCAAAGAGAAGAGGAUCCUGCUCUGGGUUUUCGUCAUAUCUCGAAAGACAUCAAAGAACAGCAUGACAUUAAGUACAUUUACGUGUGGCAUGCUAUAACGGGAUACUGGGGUGGUGUUAAGCCUGGGGUUACCGGAAUGGAGCACUAUGAGUCAAAAAUGGCCUACCCUGUAUCAUCUCCUGGCGUUGAAUCAAAUCAACCAGAUGAAGCUCUAACAACCAUUGCCAUGAAUGGGCUCGGCCUUGUGAAUCCUGAGAAAGUUUUUCACUUUUAUAAUGAACUCCACUCAUAUCUUGCAUCCGCUGGUAUGGAUGGUGUCAAAGUUGAUGUUCAGAAUAUCCUUGAAACCCUUGGGGCAGGCCAUGGUGGUAGGGUCAAACUCGCAAGAAAAUACCACCAGGCUUUAGAGGCAUCAAUCGCAAGAAACUUCCCUGACAAUGGCAUUAUUUGUUGCAUGAGUCACAAUACUGAUGGCUUGUACAGUGCAAAGCGAUCAGCAGUAGUUAGGGCAUCGGAUGAUUUCUGGCCAAGAGAUCCAGCAUCCCACACAAUUCACAUAGCUUCAGUUGCUUACAACACCGUUUUCCUUGGUGAAUUUAUGCAACCAGAUUGGGAUAUGUUUCAUAGCCUACAUCCGAUGGCUGAAUAUCAUGGAGCAGCUCGAGCCGUAGGUGGAUGUCCUAUUUAUGUAAGUGACAAGCCUGGACACCAUGAUUUUAAUAUUCUGAAAAAACUUGCACUGCCUGAUGGUUCCAUAUUGAGGGCCAAACUCCCAGGAAGACCAACAAAAGAUUGUUUGUUUUCUGAUCCUGCAAGAGAUGGAAAGAGUCUUCUGAAGAUAUGGAACCUGAAUGAUUUCUCUGGAGUUGUUGGGGUGUUCAAUUGUCAAGGAGCAGGAUGGUGCAAAGUUGGAAAGAAAAACCUUAUCCAUGAUGAAAAUCCAGGAACAAUCACUGGCGUCAUUAGGGCUAAGGAUGUUGACUUUCUAACUAAGGUUGCUGGUGAGAAAUGGAAUGGAGACACCAUCAUAUUCUCCCAUGUUGGUGGAGAGGUUACUUACCUUCCAAAGGAUGCAUCUAUUCCUAUUACAUUGAAAUCCAAAGAGUUUGAAGUUUUCACAGUAGUUCCUGUUAAGGAAGUUAAUGACGGUGUCAGAUUUGCUCCUAUUGGUUUGAUGAAGAUGUUCAACUCUGGAGGAGCCAUCAAGGAAUUGAAUUGCGUAUCUAAUGGAACCACAAGCAUUAUCGUGGAAACGCGAGGCUGUGGUUUAUUCGGAGCUUAUUCAUCAGCUCGACCUAAGACAGUGACAGUGGAUUCAGAGGAGAUGGAGUUCAGAUAUGAUGAAGGAUCUGGGCUGGUAACUAUUGACUUGAGAGUACCAGAGAAAGAGUUGUACCAGUGGAACAUAUCUAUCAACUACUGAUGCAUGAAUCUUAUAUUUUUUGUGCACUGGCCUAGUUUGGAUACAAGCAUGUCAUCCUAUGUGACGGAAGCAUAAAUUCAGACAACAAAAAUUGAGGAGGUUAUGAUAUGAGUCCCUAGAUUAGAGAUCAGAAAGCUUUUGUAGUUUCUUCUAGUGAUGUAUCUGCUUAUCUGUAGAUCGCCAUGGAAGAACUAAGAAGGUUAGGAAGCUUUUCUAAUUUUUUGUGUCUUGUAAUAUAUUUAUGUAUUGAGGAAGGCCAAAAAAGGGCUAUAUUUGAAGGGCUCUUGGAGUUGAAACCUUCUGGAGGAAGAAUGUAAUCUUAUAUAAGCUUGCCCACCUUGGGCAAUUCCAAAAAUAAAAACUUAUGUCAGUGGAGACAAAUAGUUGUAGAACAUGAAGGCCGAAUUAUGGCGUCUCUCGAAAUAGUUAUAGUUAACAUUAUUGUACUGUUAAA